AUGCAGGAGAUUAAGAAGAACCCAAAUACUCAUAAUAUAUCUAUCAAUGAUGCAACAUCCCUCCACAACUCUUCGUUGGACAGAAUCAAUGUUAGAGCAAGUGGCUUCGAUGAGCCUCUCCACGCAGAGAACUCUAAGCUUGACCCUUACCACUUAAGAGACACUAAGGUUAAGGUUGAGAUAAGUCUGGAUUUCCCAUCGCCCUCUUCAAUGAUUGUGUGUGAUUCUCAGGGACUCUCCGUUCGUAUUAACGCCAAGUAUCCACGCAGCCCUCCUCAGUGUAGCAACUGUGGGAAAUUUGGCCACUUGCUCUACUGCUGCCCUAAACCUUUUCAAAAAAAAGCCUUUCACAUAGAAGGGAACAUGUCAGGAAGUUUUCUACACUCAAGAAGCAAAGCUAAAGAAGUCUUAGUAACUGAGGAUUCGAAUGCCGAAGCUUCCUGUUCUCAACAACAAAAUUUUAGGGUUGUGAUGUUUUAUAAAGACACGACACAUGUCGCAAUUGAAAUUUUCAAACAUUUUGGCAAUAAUUUAAGCGGUUUCUGUAAAUUUUCAGCUUUUAUCUCGUGGCUUACCUACUUUUUUUCUAGUAGAACUUGGAUAUGUUCUUUCAUUAAAAAAAAAUAA